CUCUGUUCUUCUUUUAUUUGUAGUAGGAAGCGAGUGAAAAUUAGCAAAGAUGUACGGCCUAAUUCUGGAAAACAUGUCCGAGUAUAUACGACAGGUAUACGGGGAAGAUCGAUGGGAAGAGAUUCGACGACAAGCGUCUGUAGAUCAACCUAGUUUCAGUGUUCAUCAGGUUUACCCUGAGAACCUCAUACCAAGGCUAGCAAAGAAGGCUAUUCAGGUACUUGGCAUAACGGAAAAAGAAUUUUUCGAUCAGAUGGGUGUACACUUCGUAGGAUUCGUUGGCCAGUACGGUUAUGAUCGUGUGCUUUCAGUACUUGGACGUCACGUAAGAGAUUUCCUUAACGGGUUGGACAAUUUGCACGAAUAUCUGAAAUUCUCCUACCCUAGGAUGAGAGCGCCCUCGUUUAUUUGCGAAAACGAGACGCGGCAAGGCCUGACCCUCCAUUACAGGAGCAAACGGCGCGGAUUCGUUUAUUACACGAUGGGCCAGAUAAGAGAGGUGGCUCGUCACUUUUAUCACAAGGAAUUACAGAUCGAGCUGGUGCGCGAGGAGGUCCUUUUCGACACCGUGCACGUCACUUUUCAGCUCACCUUUGAUAACAGGGCGUUUACGCAAGCCUCGCUGGCCAUGACACGCGAGGAGAAACACUUGCCGAUAGGAGCGUCUGUCCUGUUCGAAAUAUUUCCAUUUUGCAUCGUUUUCGGAUCGGACAUGAUUGUAAGGAGUAUCGGUAAUUCUCUGAUGGUAAUACUGCCCGAUCUAGUUGGCAAAAAGAUAACGCACUUUUUCGAUCUUGUCAGGCCGCUCAUUGCGUUCAAAUUUCAUUCG